CGAUGAGUCGGGUUUAUGUUGUGUCGUGCACCGAACAACACAACCGGCUAGAGCAUCUUUAUACUUCAGCUUUUGGCUUCGAUAUUCGUUUCAUUCAACAAGUAGCUUUCAUUGGCAACGAAGUCGUCGGCACGAUGGGUAAAGUAUUUUUCGGCCAAAUCAUUCACUCCAAGUCUCUCGAUAACUUGGAUCUAAUCACUGAUGGAUUCGUUACUGUAAAGGAUGGAAAGGUUACAGCAAUUGGAGUCAAAUCUGAAUACGAAUCAUUGCCGGAAAAGGAUUCAUAUGAAAAGAUCGUGCUAACUCAAUCGCAAUUUUUGUUGCCCGGCUUCAUAGACUGUCACAUCCAUGCGCCCCAGGUACCUAACAUUGGUCUUGGAUUGGACAAAGAUUUGCUCGGUUGGUUGAAUGCGUAUACGUUCCCACUUGAAGCUGGAUAUAAGGAUGUGGAAUUUGCUCAGCAAGUCUACAGAACUGUAGUGCGAGACACGAUCGUCAGUGGCACAACUUGUGCUUGUUACUUCGCAACAAUCUACAAUGGCAGCAAUAAGGUGCUGGCAGAGGAAAUCAUUCGCCAAGGGCAGAGAGCAUUCGUAGGGAAAGUUUCAUCGAACCGAUGUUGUCCCGAUUAUUACAUAGAAGCUGGAACCGAUGCCUCGAUUAAAGACAACAUCGAUUUUAUCGAAUAUCUACUGUCGAAAAAGGUCGAUCGAGUUAAACCGAUCAUCACUCCUCGUUUUGCGAUCAGCUGUGACAUGGAGUUAAUGAAAAAACUAGCGGAAUUAGCUGAGCGGUACAAACUAAACGUGCAAUCCCACAUUUCAGAGAAUCUAGGAGAAAUUGAUGCCGUGAAAGAAUUCUUUCCGACCAGUAAAAACUAUGCGGAUGUUUAUGACGAGGCAAAACUGUUGACCAACCGCUGCGUUAUGGCCCAUGGGGUACAUCUGGAAGAUGCAGAGCUAGAGGUUCUUGCAGCUCGUGGAACAUCCGUUGCUCACUGUCCAACCUCCAACACCAAUCUCGGUUCGGGCUUGUGCGAUGUGAAACGUUUGCUCGCUGCCAAUGUCAAGGUCGGAUUAGGAACGGAUGUGGCUGGUGGAAAUUGCCUUGCAAUAUAUGAUGUUAUGAGAGCGGCUUUGGACGUCUCUCAUCAUUUGAAUGUAAUGAAGAAACAGAACGUUCAGGGAACCGGAAAGGUCCACCCCGUCACAAAAGAUAACGAGCUUUAUGAACCAUUGAAUUACAAGCAAAUGAUUUAUCUGGCAACGCUGGGUGGGGCAGAAGCCCUCUCGAUUGGUGAUCAAGUGGGCAAUUUCGUGCCAGGGAAAGAGUUUGAUGCACUAGUUAUUGACACGUCAAUAUACCCUAUCAACCAAUACAAACUACCGACAGCGCUAACACAAAACAAAUCCCCAGAAACGGUGCUGCUAGAGCAGCUGCAGAAGUUUGUCUACGUCGGUAGUGAUCGAAACAUUGUUAGUGUUUUCGUUGCUGGCCAAAAGAUCAAAUGACCUGACGCCAACUACGAGAUGAUUCCGAAUUCGUAAUCAAAUGGAUGAAAUGCAAUAAAAACUCGUUGUUUUUUUU